GCCAACGCACGGCGAAGAUCGCGCGUUCUGUACCGAUCGAGCAUUUUAAACGACCUACAGAAAUAACUAACAAAAUCGAAUCUGGUUGCCGGUGUACAUCCACGUUUAAAAAACUUGAAACCCUAAAUAAGCAAAAGUAUUGACAAAGAUCAAAGACAAGCUUAAAGUGCGUGAAAAAAGAAAUACGAAAUAAAAAUGAAGCUGUGGCUCGGUGUAUUGGUGACCGUGUUGGCCGUCAGCGGAUGCUUUGCAUUGCCAGCUCGCAACGACCCGCAGGACGAUGCGGAGGUGAUUAAGGUGCCCUCGCGCCCUGAACCCGAACCGGAUUUCCAUAACUUCCGCGGCGUCAUUGAUACGGGCUCGGGUUAUCCCUUCCUCCAGGCGAAUCCUUCAAGCUUCAACCUGGGCAUCUUCGACUCCUUUGAUGAUCUCCUCCGACGUAUGCGUACCCGUCUUUGGCCUGUGAUUGGCAGCGACUCUGGAGAGGAUGGGGCUUCCCCUAAGGACGAUUCUAGCGAUGAGAGUGGUAGUGGCUUUGCAUUUGGUCUGCGACCCUUGAUUCCGUUGAACCCCAAGAAUGGCAAUACCACUUCCACUGUUAAGGUCGUCGAUGGCCACAAGGUUGAGAUCAACGAGACGGUGUACGGGGACAGCAACAGUGUGUUCAAGGUGCGAUUGGUCAACGUGCGUCCUUUGGAGAGCGGCGAGGAGGUGGCCCAGGGGGUGCACACCAGCGAGGGCGACUUCCAGCCGGCGUCGGCCCCCAGCACCUCCGCCCCGUCCACCAAGGUCGGCGAGUUCGAGGAGGAGGUCGAGGACGACCGCCGCGAGCCGCUGGAGAAGCAGCCGGAGGACAACGAGGUGCGCGACAUUGAUGAGCCCAAGUUCACAACACCAAAAACCACAAGUUAUACAACAAAACUUGCAAACAGCUUACCCGCAGACUCAGAAUCCGAGGCUACAGAUAUCAGUGAGGAUAUAGUGGAGACUCAUUUUAAGGAACAAAGAGCGACCAUGGAUAAGCUGCAGAAUAUGAUGGCUUCUGAACAAAAAGACAUGGCACAUGAAGAACAUUUGGCGCAGUAUCACGAGGAAAAAGAAUUCUUGCAGAAAAAAGUGAAGAAGGAGCGCGAAGAACUCGAGUCCUCCGACGAUGAAGAUGGCGAAGCUACAACUCCAGUCAUAAUGAGCGAAACCUUUAACGAAGAGUGGGCUGAAUUCGACCAGGACCAAGAUCAAGAUCAAUAUCACGAUCUGGACCUUGAAAACGACCUGAACAAUGAUAUCGAUAUCGAGGAGAACUUUGUGCCCGUGGACCUUUCCAACGAUAUAGCUGUCAACGAUUUGGCUGCCGCAGAUCCAGAUUUUCCUCUCAAUCCUGAUGCUGAGGUCUUUGUGGACCCAUCUCAAAUGAGAACUAUGCCCAUGUUCGAAAAGCUUUCUUUAGGGGAGCCUUCAAAGUGAGGGCUGUGUGACCCCAUCUAGUCUAGGCAUUUUCUUUAAUCUUAAGUCCCUAGUCUGUAACACUUCAUCGAGGAUAUCUCUGAGAGAUCCAAAGAAAUCGGCAUUCUCUUCAACCGUAAUUUAUCGUAUUUAUUUCGACAGAGAACGAGUAUUAAGUGGUCAUGAUUGCAUUAUUUAUUGCUAAAAUACAAAAAUUAAAUAAAUAAAAUAUAAUUUAGUAUCCUUUCAAGAAGGAGUUUUAUUUAUUUUAAUAAUCAACAAUACAGUAAAAUCUCAGAUAAAAGCCUAAAAUAAAUGUAACUUUAAAUUAUAAUAGAGUUUAAUAAUUAAAAUAUUAUGUCUAUAAUAUGAAAUAAAAGCAAAAAUGCGUUUUGAAAAUGUUGUAAAAUUAAAAACUGUUAACAUAAAUUAAUAAUCAAAAUCACUCUGGUUAACAGACUUCAUCGUCUUGUUGGUGCCAUGAUUUAUUCUGAAUAAAUGAAAUAUUUAAACGAA